UAAUUUUUAUUCUUUCUGCUUUUAUUAUAGGGACAAUUUCAAAGAAAUUUUCUAACCGGGUUUAAUUAUAACAACAACGGACGAAUCAUUCCGACGAAUCAUUUAAACCAAAAUAACAUGUCAGAGACAUUUCACACCCCCAGCUUUGGUGAUGAUGAGUUCACAAUCCCACAAAUCUCUCCACCGGCAACUACAAAUAUCUCUAGUAUGCCAUUUGAUGCUCCGGCACCAGUAUCAACCAGCUUUAGAGAUUCUUUAGCAGAUGCCAGCUUUCCAGGAGAAGGCCUUCCAGAGUCAUCACAAGGCAUACAACAGAUGACACCAUCCCAGAGGAUGUCUCAAGGCAGUGGAGGGAUGCCGCCGGGAGGCGCAGGGAUUCCUCCAGUGAUGUCACAACCAGUAAUCACCUCAAAUUACACCACCACUACAACGCAAUACACACAACCUCUGUCACAUAUAACUGAAGCGCUUCCCUCCACUACUGGUACAGGUUUCUCACACAACGCUGUUGUCAAUCCACAGUUUCCACCACAGAAUGUCUUCAUUCCACCGAUCACGGAGAAUGAGUCGUUCUUCAGACAGGAGACUCCUUCAACCACAUUCCACAUGUCAAACGUCCCACUCAUGUACAGUCAAGAGCAACCACUCAGCCAGUUCUCAACUAUCAGCCACUCUGCAAUGAAUGACCAGCUAGGCAUGCAACUAGGCCGGAUGCAGGGCAGAGGUAUGGCACCAGGAUUGGAACAUCUUGGGCACGGGGCAUCACCUAGUAGUAGCACGAAAAGCUCACCAGUGAAGGAAUCAACAAGUGAUGACAGCGAUGAUAACACACCUUUAGCACAGUAUGUGGCGAAGAAAGCAGCCGAGAAGGAAACAAAGGGUAAGAAAAGACCUGCAAAGCGAAAAAAGAAGAAGGACCCGAACGAGCCACAGAAGCCCGUAUCAGCAUAUGCGCUCUUCUUUAGGGAUACACAGGCGGCUAUCAAAGGUCAAAAUCCCAACGCGACAUUUGGUGAAGUUUCAAAGAUUGUGGCAUCGAUGUGGGACAGUCUGGAUGCCGAACAAAAACAGGCCUACAAGCAAAGGACAGAGGUCGCGAAGAAGGAAUAUUUAAAGAAACUGGCAGCCUAUAGGGCAAGUCUUGUGUCAAAGGCUGCAGUGGAUCAGGCUGAGCCAGAGAAGUCACCCACCAAGCAGAAGAAGGUAUCAUCCCCUCCUCUGACGACCCACCCGCCUCACUCAAUGCCUAGAAUCAUUGCACCUAAGCCACCACACAUGCCACUAGCAGUAUCGAUGUCAUCGGGCCAGCAGCCUAUAAUGCACCCUCAGAUUGUACAGAAUCCGAUUGGUGGACCAAUGCCAAUGACCUACUCACAAGGUCACGGUGAUUCAAUGAUGAUGUCAGCACAAUCUCAAAUGCCCGUUGGUUCAAACGGCAUGUCAGCGGCUAUGUGCACUCGAAGCGGAUGCAAUAAACCUGCAAUCAUCUCACCCGAUUGGGACAACGAAUACUGCAGUAAUGAAUGCGUCGUUAGUCAUUGUAGGGAUGUCUUCACAGCGUGGGUGGCGGCAUCCAGUGCAAAUGCAACAAUGGUACACACGGUGAAAUAACCGAUCUCACGGACAUCCAUUUUAGUACUAAGUUUUUGUACAUAAGGUAUUGUAAGAUUGGCGCGGAUCUCCUGCAGAAGAACUGUACAGACAUCACCCAGCAUCGACAUUGUAAUUCCAAAGAUGUGUGUCUGAUUGGCUUGUUAAAAGCAAGCUAUUGUGAGAUGGGAAGUAUACUGGAUAUAGUAAUGGAGAGGGGAAGGGUGGAGUGGUUGUCAAAUAGGGGGAAUUUCGCAUUCUCAGUAUUAUGGUGUUUAUAAGCAUCAUCAACCUUGAUCUGCUACAAAGGGAACUUUGAACUAUGAACUAAAAUAGAAGUAGCAGACAAAAGAUUUUGCUGCUGUGCUACUUUUUUAGCCUAUUUAUGUUUAUGGAGGCAUUUUUCAUACGUACUCUUGUAGGAGUUAUCAAAACGGUUUUGUUUGUGUCUAUUUAUAAUUUAACUUUAUAUCUUUUUCAUUUAUUACAUUGAAUAUUAUGUAAAUUUAAAUUUUGAUCCAAUGUUCAUACUAAUUUGGCUCGCUGUACUAUUCAGUCGAACAGUGCUCGUCAAAAUGUCUCUAAAGCCCAGUUCUCACUACCGCGCCCUAGUGCCCGCAACCGCACGCAAUUGCGUUGUUGCUUGCAUUUACGUUCAUUUUUUCAGUCUGAACUGGACUUUAAAGCAACAAAUGUUAUGUUCUUGAAUUGAAAGGUUACAUUACCAACUAAAUGACUCAAUGACCUAAUUAUUACUAAUUCAAUGAUCUAAGUCAAUGUAUGUAAAUAUGAAUUUAUGAUAGCGUAUCAUUUCAACAACUGUGAAUAAUUAAGAAGUAUCUAUACAUUUUGUUCCCUUAAUGUGCAUUGAGCUGUCACAUAAUUCUAGUUCCCAGUACUGUAAUAAUUCAGUAAUAGAUUACAGAAUUGAUUAAUGCUGGGUCAAAGUCUCCCGGAACUCGUGGGAGUCUCCCGGAAUUCAGGACAGCCUCCCGCAUGCAAGCAAGAAUCUCCUGGAAAAGGAAAAUCAUCAAGUCUGAGAGUGCCAUUUCUGACUAUGUAAAGCCAUGGUCAGACUGAGGUGGUAUAGACCCUACAUAUAUGAAGGCCCCUGCCUGCCCUCCCCCUAUUGCAAAUUCUCAGAUCGAUCACUCCAGAUCUCCCGGACAAGGGUGGUUCCAGGAUUUGCCUGACCAGGCGUCCGAGGGCUCCUACAUUGAGGCCAGUGUCUCCGACAGGAACAAAGUGGGCGUAGUCAUGAGUUGCUCAAAAUAUAUCGAAAGUGGUCCAGGAGGUCAGGUGGUGCAGUUCUCCCUGCGGGGCCCCUGUUCUCCCUUCCCCCCCCCCCACACUGGUGACACCCCUCCUCCUGGAAUUGACUUCUUUCAGCUUAGGACCUGUGUUAAUGAAUAACUCGUACCUGUGAUUGGCUAAGAACAGGGUUGGUGAAAUUCUAUUUUGUCACUCUUCUUCAUAUUCACUAUGAUUUUACAAGCGUGAUGGUUAUAGCCAAUAUAUAAUGUUUAUCUAAAACAUAAUUAUUAUGGUGCUGAGAUGGCCCUACAUAGAUUUUACACAAAUUCACAUUUAUACUAGUUUUUAGUUUACAUAUAAGUAAUGAAUAUGAAUCAUACAUAUAGAGUACCACAGUCCUGUUGUCACAACACCAGUUGCCGCCCUCUGUCGCCAACCAGACGUUGGUUACCAUUCUUUACGCCUGAAUGACUUCAUAGGCUUUCUGGAAUAGCAUUUUUAAAAUCUAAUAUUUUACCAUCAAAAUGUACUAAAAACACAAAAGCUUGCAUUAUAUUAG